CUCAGAGGCAGUAAGUUGGGGUCAUCAAUGACAAGUCGGAUGAUUUUACUCACUCAUCCAGCCAGGAGUUGGAUCUUUAUGAUUUAAUUGGAACUCUGUUCCUAACCAAAGUAGUCUGCUUAUGGAAAACAACAACAACCCUUUCAACCUGCGUUACAUCCUGGAAAAUAACAAGUUAUCUGGGACAAACUUUCUUGACUGGGAGAUGAACCUCCGAAUCGUUCUAAACUGUGAGAGGAAACUCUACAUCCUCGAAACGGAUCCUCCCAAGACCCCUGAUGCUAAUUCUCGUGCGUCCGAACUCACUUCAUUCAAGAAGUAUGAGGACGACGCGCGAGAUGUAAAGUGUAUCAUUAUGGACAGUAUGACCGCGGAGCUCCAAAGGUUCCACGCAGACAUGGAAGUGCGUCCUAUGAUACAACGCUUAAGGGACCUUUACCAGGGUCAACCCCAAAACUCAGCAGCACACACACUCAACAGAGUUCCAUCUAAAGCUGUUGAGAGCACACCAUACGAACUAUGGCGUGGGAGAAAAUCGAGUUUCUCGUACUUUAAGAUUUGGGGCUGUGAAGCUUAUGUAAAACGUCUCAUGACGUCUAAUAAGUUGGAGCCUAAAUCUGAUAAAGUAAUUUUUGUGGGAUACCCCAAGGAAACUAGAGGGUAUGAGUUCUAUCAUCCAUCUGAUAACAAAAUUUUCGUUGCUCGGAAUGGAACCUUCCUUGAGAAGGAGUUUCUUUCUGCUAUCACUAGUGGGAGAAAGUUUUGGUUUCGAGAAGAACUCUGACAAAUCUUGUGUAUACAAGAAGGUUAGUGGGAGUGUAAUAGUAUUCCAAAUCUUAUAUGUCGAUGACAUAUUGUUAAUGGGUAUUGAUAUUCCCACUCUCACUUCUGUAAAGACGUGGUUGAGCGAGAACUUCUCCAUGAAAGACUUAGGGGAUGCUAGUUAUGUCCUUGGCAUAAGAAUCUACCGAGAUAGAUCAAGAAAGUUAAUAGGUCUGAAUCAAAGUACAUAUAUAGAUAAAAUCCUUAAUCGAUUUAGCAUGUCUAACUCAAAGAAAGGAUCUUUACCUAU